AUGCUCUACGAGCGCCACAACUACACGCCAAAUGGUUGGAAAAACCCGCGCCUGAAGCUGGGGCCCAAGACCCCCGUCGAACAGGGCGGCGAGCUCAGGGUCACUGCAACAGAGAUGGAGACACUGAACAAGGAGUUUGUCCGGCUAGUUAUUAACCACCGGGGAAAAAUCUCGACGUACAUGGCGCUGAGCCACUGCUGGGGCACUCUGGCCAAAAUCUUCAAAGACGCCAUCGAAGUCACGAGGCGGAUGGGCGUGCGACAUCUCUGGAUCGACGCGCUAUGCAUCGUGCAAGACUCGCAGGACGACUGGGCGUCCGAGUCGGUCAAGAUGGGGUCUAUCUACGAGGGGUCACUGCUGACCAUCGCGGCUAGCGUUGCGGGCCACAGCUUGGGGGGCUGCUUCAACGACAAGAGUAUGCCUCACGACCACCUGACGUGGGGCAAGACCAACACGGUGCAAAUCUCGCCUCUCAACACCCGCGGCUGGACGUACCAGGAGCGCGUGCUGUCGCCGCGCACAAUCCACUUCGCCGCGAGUCAGGCCGUGUGGGAGUGCCGCGAGCUGUACCGGCUCGAGGAUCUGCUGGCGAGCCCGCUGCCGCGGUGGUACAACAGCUUCGUCAAGAACACGUUCCGCACUAAGGCCGCUACGGUGCUGGGCGACGGCCGCGACCCCGACCGUGAUCCUGUGCGAUUCUGGUACAAUGAGCUCGUCAGCUUCGAGUACAGCCGUCGCGAGUUCACGCGGCCCGCCGACUGCCUCAUUGCGCUGGCCGGCCUCGCCAGCAUCUGGAACAAGCAACGUCUUUCGGGCAGCGACACGUACCUUGCCGGCAUCUGGCUGUCGCGCCUCGCAUUUGGCCUCGCCUGGGAGCGCAACUAUCGCGACACAUACUGGUCGUCUUCUGACAGUGAUGGCGAUGACGAUCCGCCCUCUACCAUCACAGCCGCUGCCCAACAGCAGCAGCCCCGGCCCCGCCGUCCCACCUGGAGCUGGACAUCGCACGACGGCCACGUCAGCUGGCAGGACGGCAGCUUCACCCCAGCAUUUUACCUGGAAUUCCUCCACUCCAACCUUGAGUACCUCGGCAGCGCCAGCAGCAAUAACAACAGCGGGAGCAAAGCAAGCGAGUUCUCCCCCGUGGUAGUCGGGUACAUCGCGGUUCGGGGCCUCGUCGCCGCGGCACCGCUUGACACGGGCUGGCCGCUCGCAGAGCUGCGCGGCAACCCUCCGGAGAACAUCGACGUCGACGCCACUCUGGACGGAUACCCAGUGGUGCUUAAGAUGGACUACCGCAGCCACCCCAAGGCUGACGACGGGCUACCGUUGCCGCUGUAUGCGCUCGCCCUGGGCGACGAGAUCGAGCUGCAUUUGUUCUAA